AUGUUCUCAGCCCCUGGGGGGAGGGGAAGGGCUGGCAGGAAACGGGCAUCUCGUUGUCUGGGCCCCAGCCUUGCCCUCUGUGUCCCUCUGUGUGCAGGUCCUCGGAACUCCAUGCUCCUGGUGUUCGCCCUGCUCAGCCUGCCCUGGCCUCAGGAGGUGGGCGCCUUCCCGGCCAUGCCCUUGUCCAGCCUGUUUGCCAACGCCGUGCUCCGGGCCCAGCACCUGCACCAGCUGGCUGCCGACACCUACAAAGACUUUGAGCGGGCGUACAUCCCCGAGGGCCAGAGGUACUCCAUCCAGAACGCGCAGGCUGCCUUCUGCUUCUCGGAGACCAUCCCGGCGCCCACCGGCAAGGACGAGGCCCAGCAGAGAUCCGACAUGGAGCUGCUCCGCUUCUCGCUGCUGCUCAUCCAGUCGUGGCUGGGGCCCGUGCAGUUCCUCAGCAGGGUCUUCACCAACAGCCUGGUGUUCGGCACCUCGGACCGAGUCUACGAGAAGCUGAAGGACCUGGAGGAAGGCAUCCAAGCGCUGAUGCGGGAGCUGGAAGACGGCAGCCCCCGGGCCGGGCCGAUCCUGAAGCAAACCUACGACAAGUUUGACACAAACCUGCGCAGCGACGACGCGCUGCUCAAGAACUAUGGGCUGCUCUCCUGCUUCAAGAAGGACCUGCACAAGGCCGAGACGUAUCUGCGGGUCAUGAAGUGUCGCCGCUUCGUGGAAAGCAGCUGUGCCUUCUAGUUGCCGGGCUUUCCUUUCAGCCCGGCCCCACAGCCUCCCCUGACCCUGGAAAGGGCCUCUCCCGGUGUCCUCUGUGCUUUCCUAAUAAAAUGAAAUUGCAUCACA